AAAGGGCCAUGACGCCUACAUCACAGGGUGGCCAAGAUAAAGGCAUAUGAUAGUAAGUUCACACUCAAAGCAUACUUUAUGCGUAGCCAUACUUGAGCUUGCAAACAGAAGGAGGAGAAGGAGAUGAAAAUGGAGUAUAAGCAAUACCAAACGUUUGUUUGAUUGUUUCGUCCCGAAUCAGAGCCGGACUGAAAUCACACAAGGUUUUGCUUACUGGUUCUCUCUCUAGCUCUUUGAUAUUAUAAGGAAAAGAGAAAUAUACAUAUAUGUAUAGAUAUAUCAAAGGCUUGGCUUAGGUAGCUGAUAUAAGUUACACCAAUUGAAUAGAUACUUAUCUUUUGAAGUGUGUAAUGAUUUUGGGAGUGUAGAGGGGCUAUGGUGCUCUUUCCAUCUCUUCUUGAAGGGCUGGCAAGAACCAGAUCGCUCAAGAAAAUGAAGAAUUGUCUUGAAGAUGUUGCAAGGAAAACUGCAGAAGCAUUGGAAAAGGAAGCGAAAAAGAAUGAGCUGGUUUUGAGUUCUUCUUCUGGCAUUGUUAUGUCUGAUAAGUCUAACAAUUUUUCCUCUGUUUGCUCCAAGAGAGGACAGAAAGGGAUCAAUCAAGAUUGCUUAAUCAUUUGGGAGGAAUUUGGAUGCCAAGAGGACAUGAUCUUUUGUGGGAUAUUUGAUGGGCAUGGCCAAUGGGGCCACCAUGUUAGCAAAAGGGUCAAGGAAUCAAUGCCUGUUUCUUUGUUGUGCAAUUGGCAAGAGACUCUCACUUUAGCAUCACUGAACCUCGACUUCCAAAUGGAGAUGGAGAUGGAUAGAAACCUCCAUUGGUUUGAUAUAUGGAAGCAAUCCUUUCUUAAAACGUAUGCUGCCAUUGACCAGGAGCUUAAGCAUUCUUCUAAAAUUGAUUCUUAUCGAAGUGGCGCUACAGCAUCGACCAUUGUUAAGCAGGGUGAACAUCUCAUCAUCGCAAAUGUCGGUGACUCCCGGGCUGUCUUGGCCUCCAUUUCAGAAGAUGGGAGUUUGGUACCCCUUCAGCUUACGGUGGACUUUAAACCCAACAUACCUCAGGAGGCAGAGCGGAUAACAAGAUCCAAUGGACGAGUAUUUUGCUUACAUGAUGAACCAGGGACUUACAGGGUCUGGAUGCCAAAUGGUAAGACGCCAGGACUGGCAAUAUCAAGAGCCUUUGGCGACUAUUGUGUUAAGGACUUUGGGCUUAUCUCAGUGCCUGCUGUCAGUCAAAGGCACAUCACCAACAGAGACCAGUUUGUCAUUCUAGCAACAGACGGGGUAUGGGAUGUUAUCUCCAACGAAGAAGCUGUACAUAUAGUUUCCUCCACUACAGAUAGGAAAAAAGCAGCUAAAAGGCUUGUGGGAUGUGCCGCUCUUGCAUGGAAGUCUAAGAAACGAGGCAUCGCCAUGGAUGACAUCUCAGCUAUUUGCCUCUUCUUUCACGCUUCAUCCUCAUCUGCCAACCUUAUGAUCUCACAAAAUUCUUGUGUAAAAAAAUCUGGGUAGAUGCCGAUUAUUGUUGCCUUAGUUUGCUAUGGGCGAUGUGUAUAUAUAAAUGUAUGCCCUCGGAACAAUAAAGCCCAACAUGAUUCUAUCUAACCAAUUCUUAGAUCAAA